AGCCUAGAGACCGACCGCUGAACCUCCUGCGUGCAAUGGAGAAGAAGUGCGUGGAAUAUUUUCAAUUCAUGUCAGGCGUCCAGUGAAGUGAACUCGACAACCAAUACAAUUACUCUGAAGGGCCCACCAAGGUCUCUGGCAAUAACUUGAUCUGGUGUGCCACAUAAUUGCUGAUAUAUCUCGUUGGAUAAUGCAUCCUUUAGAAGUGUCAAUCCCGUCUUUUCGAUCGGAGGGCAGUAACAUGGAGAAGGGCUACACGGUGUUUAAGAUCGAGGUGCUCAUGUGUGGUAGACAGCACACUGUUGAGAAACGCUACAGUGAAUUUCACGCCCUGCAUAAAAUGCUUAAAAAGAGCAUUAAACCUCCAGAAAUCCCUUCGAAGCAUGUAAGGAACUGGGUGCCUAAGGUUCUUGAGCAGAGGAGACUGGGACUAGAGCUCUACCUCCAGACUAUAAUCAUGGAAAAUGAGGUUCUGCCAAAGAUAUUCUUGGAUUUCCUCAAUAUUCGCCAUUUCCCGUCACUGCCAAAAACGGAGAGUUGUGGAUCAUUUGAAACGGAAUCUGAGGAAUCAAGUAAACUGACACAUCAGCCAGCACUUCUCUUCCUGAGGGAUCCCUAUCUGCUGCCUGUCACCAACGAUACGUUUUCAAAUAUGGUUAUCGAAGGUGUGUUACGUGGGAUAUUUUAUCCAGACUUCCAGCCAAGGUAGAUCUCAGCACUACAGACAACAUCACAUCAAGUUCUCGGAUAAAAAGGGAUUCACAUUACCAACACUAAACCACGCAGAACCAGUUUAACAGACUCACUCAUUACAGCCUUGAAGAGUGUGGUUUGGUUUCAACACUCCAUCAAAUUGUAUUGUUUGUUUUUGUGUUCUGCAAAUGCAGGAAUUGAUUUUUAGUUUUAGUGAACAUUCAUAUCGACUGCCGAAUCAAGGUUUCAUUUAAAAUGAGAAGUACCUCGGCAAGUAUUUGCACAUCUCUCUUCGUGUCAUAUAUGAGGUCAGACAGGCGGAUUUUCUCAUCCACUGACAGCAUGUUUCUCUAGAUGAGGUGACUUAUCAAAUAAGGAAGUUGUUUUCAAGAGCCUUGAAACCUUUUCAUUUAUUGAAUUGUUGUAUGGACGUUAUUUACUCUUUUGUUUUUGAUGUGGCAAUUUUCGAUUUAACAGCUUUGGCUUAUAAUUGGCAAAAAGGGAAGUAAUGGGUGGACCAAGCCAGUGUGUAUAAAUAGGUGUGUUGGACUUGACCGAUCGGUGUGUGACUUCAAGAGCGAUUCGAAAGCAUACAGAGACGUCUUCUCUCUUAUAGCAUCGUUUUGAUGUCAUACACCGGUCGGUCUGCACUGCGUUGUCGAACACAACUAAUAUCUUAUAUCAUGUUACUACCCAAAACUGUGAAAAAGAGUUGUUAAAAGUCAAAAGCUUAAGUUACCAUGCAUGUUAGCUCUGCUAACCUGGAGCCAAGUAAGUCCUUUUCAGUGGGUUACCUCUUUGUAAAUGCAGUUUAGUCUGGACCAAUGUUAGUCUAAUAUUGUUAGGAACUUCACUGUGUAAAAAGGACGCAUGUGAACAAUAGUUUUAAAAGCUUACACACUACUGAUGGAGGUAGUAUUGGUGAUGACUAUUCGGUUUGAGUGAUUACGAGUCAUAGCUGUUUAAAUGUUAUAAAGAUGACAACGAUAAGAAUGGAUUUAUGUACCAUUUCAAGCAGUUUUACAGAAUUGAAGUGUGCGUUUUCAUUUAGAUGUCUUAAUUCUGUGUGGACAAUGUGCCAUUUCAUUAUGUGUGUAUUUGUUGACACUUUGGAUUGUCUCUUGCACUUUAACAAGGGUGAAAACUGAAUAUCAUUUUAAAACUGCUAGCAAUAAAACGGAACACAUUUAUUCAUUAACUAAAUACUUUCACCACUCAAGCAUGUUAUAAUGACACAUUGGGGUAGUGUUGCACUUUUGUUUUAUUAAAAAACUGACACAUACAAAUUCAGAUCUUGAACAGCUUUCUUGCAUUCUCAAUCCCACAAUGACAGUGUGCAUAUAAAGGUUGAGUUUGUUUUUUUAGGCCACCCAGGUGUUUAAAAACAGCAUUUAGCAUAAUGAAACUUAUGCAUCGAAGACAAUUCGGUACCCGUCCAUGUUUGGCACUUUUUACAGUCCAGAUUUGUCCAAUUGAAAGAUGACCUGUAAAUAGUUUCUAAAUGCAUUUGGUGUAAAGUGUGUGUGCAGUGAGCAUAAAUCCUGUGAUGAGAUUAAACAUAGCAGGAUCCCUUAAGCACAAAUAAGUGAAUUGUAAAAGCCUUUAUUUGGUUUAAACUUUAAAAGUUAAAAAACAAAACAAAAGCUGCUCCCAAACAUUCUCACUAAAGGCCAAGUUCCAUUUAGAUUUAUUUUAAUACUGAAAAAGUAAUAUUAAAUUACUCCCUUUUAAACUUUUAAUGUUUUUUUCUGACUAC